AUGUAUGCACAUAUGAUGGUGUGUGUGGGUGCACUUUGUAUUAAUAUAAUUGUGGCUGUAGAUGAUUUUUACAUGUGGCUGUACUUUGUAUUAUCAAUAAGGUGUCUGCACAUAUUACAAUGUGUUGACUUAUACCGUUUUAUUGAAUUAGUAUGCAUACCUAUGUUAAGCUUAUUUUACAUCACAAAUGUGUUUGCUCAGUUGUUGGCUUGUGUGAAAUUUGGACGUAUAUUUGUAUUGCUGAAGAUGUGUUGGCAUGGGCGUGUAUAUCGUUAUAUUAUUAAAUUGAUGAUUUUACCUAAGAUGUUUUUUAAAUACAUUUUAGAUAAUCAGUGUUCAGUAAUCUGUUCUAUAUUUGUAAGCCUGCACUUCGCACAAGUUUGUUUGAGUUAA